AUGGACAGUGCUAAGGAUAAAAAGACCCGAAAGAACAUUUCAAAUGCCAAUACAAAAUCUCGGCGUUUAAAGCGUACCCAGAAUAAUGUAAAAAAUUGCGGAAGUUGUCCCGAUCGCCAAAUGAAUAUUAAACAAGCUGUUUAUGCUCCCGACUCCGAUUCCACAGAAGUUGAAUCAUCCACCGACGAAGAAGAACGCUGGAAGGAUGUGGCUCGUUCUGCCGAAGUACCAGCCGAUUAUUAUAAUAUUCAAAAAUUGGUUAAAUACAUAAAGGCUGGCAAUCAAACGGCCACCAUUGUAUCCUUGUGCUGCCUUCAGGAUUAUGACUUGACAACGCAAAUUAAUCAGUUUGCCAUACAAGACAUUGGUGGUUUAGAUGUGUUAGUGAAUAUUUUGGAAUGUAACGAUGAUAAGUGCCGCCUGGGUGCCCUAACGGUUUUGGCUGAUAUUUCAUUGAACAUUGAUAUACGGAAAACUAUUGUAGACUUGGAUGGUAUUCCAUUGAUUAUUGAUAUUUUGAAUUCAUCGCUGAAUAACCUGAAGACGGUAGCAGCAGAAACUCUGGCCAAUGUAGCUAAGGUGCGUUUGGCGAGAAAAUAUGUUCGUGUGUGCGGCGGAAUACCGAAGUUGGUGGAUUUAUUGGAUAUUAAAUUGCACAUUUUGCAGACACCGCGCGAAGAAUUGAACUUUGAGGAGAUUGAACUGCUGAAUAUGGCCAGGGCUGGAGCCAGAGCUCUAUGGUCCUUAUCCGAUUCACGUCACAAUAAAGAGAUAAUGCGCAAAAGUGGAAUAGUUCCCUUAAUGGCUCGUCUAUUGAAAUCUUGUCAUAUCGAUGUUGUCAUACCCAUUAUGGGCACUAUUCAAAAAUGUGCAUCUCAGCCCAAAUUUCAACUGGCAAUAAGAACAGAAAAUAUGGUAGCCGAUAUUGUUAACCAUUUAAAUUCGACCAGUUUGGAUUUAAAAAUGGAAGGCAGCACCGCUAUCUAUAAAUGUGCCUUCGACCAGGCCACCCGAGAUUUGGUAAAAGAAGCCGGAGGCUUGGAACCGUUGGUGGCCAUAAUUAAGGAUAAAACCAUACGGGAAAAUAAACCACUAUUGAUCGGAGCAACGGGUGCUAUUUGGAUGUGUGCCGUAUCCGAUGCAAAUGUUUUGAAAUUCGAUCAAUUGCGUACGGUCAACCAUUUGGUGGCUUUGCUAAACGACGAAUCGGAUGAGGUGUUGACAAAUGUCGUCGGUGCCAUUGCUGAGUGUGUAAGGUUUCAACAUAAUCGCGAUGUCCUAAGGAAUGCAAAUGGUUUGCCUUCCUUAGUUUCACUGUUGAAUUCUUCCCAUGCUCCGUUAUUGGAGAAUUUAGCUAAAGCCCUGAAAGAGUGUGCCGAAGAUGCAGAGAGUAUGCGCAUAUUGGAAGAUUUGGAUGCCGUGCGCCUUAUUUGGUCGCUUCUGAAAAACACCAAUCCAAGGGUACAAGCGUAUGCGGCAUAUGCCAUAUGUCCAUGUGUGGAGAACGCUCGAGAAUCAGGGGAAUUGGUUCGAAGUUUGGUUGGAGCUAUGGAAUUGGUAGUGGGCCUAUUAAAAUCUAGAGAUAUUCUAGUAUUGUCGGCAGUAUGCGCUGCCAUUGCAACAAUCGCCAUAGAUAGCACUAACUUAGCCAUAUUAACGGAUUUGAAAGUGAUAUAUAAAUUGGCCGAAUUGGUCAAUACCACGGAGGAUUUAUUGCGGAAAAACCUAGCGGCAGCUAUUGCAAGCUGUGCCACCUAUGGUAAUAACACUCAAGAGUUGGGUCGCUUGCGUACAGUUACUCCAAUUGUUUCCUAUAUGACCAGCGAUGACCCAGAAGUUCAUCGCACUACAGCUAUGGCUUUAGAAAAGCUAUCGAUGGACCCUCAGAACUGCAUAACAAUGCAUCAGAGUGGUGUUGUGCCCUUCCUAUUGGAAUGUGUGGGCUCUACCAACAAAGAGUUGCAAUUGGCAGCAGCUGGAUGUUUGCGCAAUAUUCGAGAAUUAGCAUUGAGAGCUGAAGAAUAUUUGCUUAAAAUCGAUGAUGAUUAA